UCGGGCGGGUGUGCGAGCCUGGCGCGCCGCUUGCCGGGGAUGCGAGAGGCUGGGGGCCGCCGCGCCGGGAGAACGCGAGCACCGGUGACCUCGGCCCGAGGAGAGCCGGAGACGGCGGCGAACCCCGCAGGGAUCUUCGGGGCCGGGGUGCGGGGCCGGCGGCGGCGCAGGAGCGCGGGGCGCAGACCGGGCGGGGCUGGCGGACAGUGAUGAGCGGGCGCGCGGGGAGGCUGCACGCCGCCGCCGCCGCCCGGAGCAUCCGCCGCCCGAGCUGCUGCUCGCGGCCCGGGCCCCGGCCAUGGAGACGCUGAACGGCCCCGCGGGCGGCGGCGCCCAGGACGCGAAGCCGCAGCCGCCCGGCCAGCACCACCGCCACCACCACCAUCUCCACCCGCUGGCGGAGCGGAGACGGCUGCACCGCGCGCCCUCGCCAGCCAGACCGUUUCUCAAGGACCUGCACGGUCGGCCCGCGGCCCCCGGCCCGGCCGCCCCCUCCUCGGGCCGAGCCCCGGCGCCCGCCGCCCCGCGCUCUCCCAGCCUCGCGGGCAAGGCGCCGCCUUCGCCAGGGCCCCCGGCCGCGCCCGGCCGCCUCUCCCGGCGGAGCGGCGGCGCCCCCGGCGCGAAGGACAAGCCGCCGCCGGGCGCCGGGGCCAGGGCAGCGGGCGGCGCUAAGGCCGCUCCGGGCCCCAGGAGGGUGGCACGCGCGGCACCCGCCGAGCCGCUGCCCCGGGUAGGGAAGCCACCGCCCGGGGCCGAGCCGCCGCCCGCCGCUUCCAAGGGCCGCAGAGCCAAACGCGCCUCCGGAACCGUCCCCGCCCGCGCCGCCGGGCCCCGGGUCCCCGCCGUCGCGGUCCCCGCCGUGAUCCUCGCCGUGAGUUCCGCGGCCGGUUCCCCGGCCCCCGGCUCGCGCAUCAGCCACACAGACAGCAGCUCCGAUCUCUCCGACUGCCCCUCCGACACUCUUUCCGACGAGCAGCGCCUGCUCCCCGCAGCCAGUAGCGACGCCGAGUCCGGCACGGGCUCCAGCGACCGGGAACCUCUGCGAGGAGCCCCCACGACCAGCCCCCCAGCUCGGGGGGCGCCGCCGGGCAGCCCCGAGCCCCCGGGACUCCUCGCCGUGACCCCCGCCGCCUGCCUUGGGGGUCGGAGCAGCCCCAGCGGGGUCCCCUCGGCGUCCCCGGCGCCCGGCGUGGUGGAGGAUGUCGCGGGGCGCGCACCGCCGGAGCGAACGGGCCCUGGGACCCCCAGGGAGCACGGGCCGGGCGAGCGGCACCGGCUGGUCCCGGCGGCGGAGGAGGAGGAGCUGCUGCGGGAAAUGGAGGAGCUGCGCUCGGAGAACGACUAUCUCAAGGAUGAGUUGGAUGAACUCCGAGCGGAAAUGGAAGAGAUGAGAGACAGUUACUUGGAGGAGGAGGUUUACCAGCUGCAGGAGCUGCGGCGGGAGCUGGACCGCGCCAACAAGAACUGCCGAAUCCUGCAGUACCGCCUCCGGAAGGCCGAGCAGAAGAGGCUGAAGGUGGCAGAGACCGGGCAGGUGGACGGGGAGCUUAUCAGGAGUCUGGAGCAGGACUUGAAGGUGGCCAAAGACGUGUCGGUCCGAUUGCACCAUGAACUUGAAACCGUGGAGGAAAAGAGAGCUAAAGCGGAAGACGAGAAUGAAACUCUCCGACAGCAGAUGAUCGAAGUGGAGAUAUCCAAGCAGGCCCUGCAGAACGAGCUGGAGAGACUGAAGGAGAGUUCCUUGAAAAGGAGAGGCAGCCGGGAAGCAUACAAAGAGAAGAAAGCCUUCACCCAGGAUGACAGCGCGGAUCUGAGGUGCCAGCUCCAGUUUGCCAAAGAGGAGGGCUCACUGAUGCUCAGGAAGAUGGCCAAGCUGGGGCGCGAGAAGGACCGGCUGGAGCAGGAGCUGCAGAGGUACAGGGCCCUCUACGGGGAUGCCGACAGCCCCCUGCCCACGGGCGAGGCCGGCGGGCCGCCCAGCACCCGCGAGGCCGAGCUGAAGCUGCGGCUGAGGCUGGUGGAGGAGGAGGCCAGCAUCUUGGGCCGGAAGAUCGUGGAGCUGGAGGUGGAAAACCGGGGCCUCAAGGCCGAGAUGGAAGACCUGCGUGGCCGGGAACCGCUGCCCGGUGGGCCGACCUCGCCCUUCGGGGGGGACUCCCUGGAGUCCUCGGCCGAGCUGCGCCGGCACCUGCAGUUCGUGGAGGAGGAGGCGGAGCUGCUGCGGCGGUCCAUCUCCGAGAUCGAGGACCACAACCGGCAGCUGACCCACGAGCUGAGCAAGUUCAAGUUCGAGCCGAGGCCCGAGCCAGGCUGGCUGGCGGGGGGCGGGGCGGCCCUGCAGGACGAGCUCCAGGCGGCGCGGCUGCCGGUGAGCGAGCUGAGCGGGGAGGUGCUUACGCUGCAGCCCGGCCCGCGCGCACCGAGCCCGCGGGACAGCGAUGCUGACAGCGACACGGGUCGGAGGAGCGACGACGGCGAGGACGGCCGCGUGCAGCCCCGCCGGGAGGGCCCCAUUGGCGGCGAGAGCGACUCAGAGGAGACCUUCGAGAAGACCUCGGGCUUCGGCAGCGGGAGGCCGUCGGAGGCCGGGGAGUGCCCGGCGGAGCUGCUGCGCGCGCGGGAGGACUCGGAGCGCCUGGCGAGCAUCAGGCACGAGGCAGAGCGGCUGGAGCGCGCGGUGGAGCGCAUCAUCACGGACACCGAGGCCGCGCUCCCGGGCGGAGAGGCCUCGCCCGGGGCCUGCGGCCAGGGCACCAGGGAGGAGCCCCAGCUGCUGGGGACCCUCAACGCGAGGAUGAAGGCCUUCAGGAAAGAGCUCCAGGCCUUCCUGGAGCAGGUGGAGCGGCUGGGGGAGGGCCUGUCCCCGCUGCCCCAGCUCACCGAGUCAUCCAGCUUCCUGUCCUCUGUGACCUCCGUGUCCCGGGACUCCCCGGUGGGGAACCUGGGCAAGGAGCUGGGCCCGGACCAGCAGUCCAAACUGAGAGAUCAGAUGGAGUGGCAGCCGGGGCAGGAGCGAGGGGAGGAGCGGGGUCACCUCCAUCUCCGCGCCGCACGGGAGCUGCACCGCCGAGCCGACGGGGACGCUGGAAGCUGCCGGCCCGGAGCCCAGAGCUGCUUCAGCCUUGAGGAGCGGGGUCCUGUUGUAGCUCCCCCGAACAGUGUAUCAAUAAAGGAGCUUCAGGGUCGGCUUGCGCAGGUAGUCAGACCACAUCAGGAAGAGGCAGAGAGAUUGACAGACACCAUCUGGAAGGUGGAGGAGGAACGCCGCUGCGCCCUGCGGCGGCGGGACCGGGAGGCGAACGGCCUGGCCCCGCAGAGCUCCCUGCAGGAGCGCGCCUGGGGCGACGAGCGGCACCUGCUGCAGCAGGAGCUGCGCUCCCUGAAGCAGAACCUCUUCCUCUUCUACGUCAAGCUCAGGUGGCUGCUCAAGCACUGGCGCCAAGGGAGGCAGGCGGAGGGCGACGCGGAGGACUUCACGGAGAGCGAGCUUCCAGAGACCUUCCCCAGGCUUGGGGAGCUUGGCAUCCAGGGGGACACAAAGGCAGACAGUCCAGACCGAGAUGACGAUGGGCCAAGCUGUGGCUUUUCCCUGGGAGAGCGCUCUCCGCAGAUGGGUGACCACGGAUCACGGCUGCAGCCCACAGACGGGGGGCAGCUCUACAGGCAGGUGGCGGAGACCCAGCCGCUGUUCUGCGCGCUCAAGGCGCUGCUCGAGGAACUGCGUGCUGAGCUGCGGGAGGACGCGCGCGCACGCCAGCGGCUGCAGCAGCAAUACGCGGGCGACAAGGCCUCCUGGGAUGUCGAGUGGGCCGCGCUCACGUGCCGCCUGGAGCAGCUGGAAGCAAAGAAUGAGAAGAGCUUGGGAGACCCAGGCUCCUGCACCGACAGUAAAGGGGCCUUCAGGAAGGAGAGAGAGAUGCAGCAGAAGCUGCUGGCGGACAGUCACAGGCUGGUCAUGGACCUGCGCUGGCAGAUCCACCACAGCGAGAAGAACUGGAACCGGGAGAAGGUGGAGCUUCUCGACCGCCUGGACCGGGAGCGCCAGGAGUGGGGGCGGCAGGAGAAGGAGCUGCUGUGGAGAAUUGAACAGUUGCAGAAAGAAAACAGUCCCCGGAGAGGUGGCAGUUUCCUCUGUGAUCAAGAGGAGGGGGAUGCCCGCCCCUGUACCCACCCAGGGAGCCCUCGGGCGCCCUGCCCUGCGGGGACGUGGCCCUGUAUGGACACAGACUCCAGUGCAUUUGAGGACCGGCCGCUGUCCAAGCUGAAGGAAUCGGACAGGUGCUCAGCACGGGAGAACCUCUACCUGGACACCUUGUCCCUGGACGAUGAGUCAGAGGAGCCCCCGGCCCGCGGGCCCCAGAGGGAGUUCAGGAACUGCUUCUGUGAGGAAGAAGAAAAUCACAAGGGAAAUCUUCAAAGGGCCGUGUCUGUGUCCUCCAUGUCUGAGUUCCAGCGCUUGAUGGAUGGCUCUCCCUUCCUGCCAGAGAAGGGCCUACCCCCCACCUGCAGCAAGGAGGACGUCACCCCACCCCUAUCCCCUGAUGACCUCAAGUACAUCGAGGAGUUCAACAGCAAGAGCUGGGACGACAGGCCCCCAGACCCCUGGGCGGACAGGACCGAAGUCAGCACCGAACCUUUCUCCGACACCGCCUGGUACCUCACCACAAGCAUCACCCUGACCACGGACACCGUGACCAACCCCGAGCACUGCCAGAAGCAGCCCCCGCGGAACCUCGUCUGUGCUGAGCAGGCUGGGGGGAGGGGGCUGCACAGCCCCCCUGCCAUCCGGAGGCUGGAUGGCAUUGUGGCAGGGGUCGGCGAAAGCAGGGCCCGAGGGGGCCCCGGGGAUGCCAAGGGGGGCCCUUCUGAACAUGUGCUCAGCAGGUGGCCCUGUGCCCCCUCCAGGCACCCCCGAAACUACACAGAGGGGGGGCUCCGGCCCCUCGACAGCACCCUCAGCUUCUCCUCCCCGCUGCACAGCCUGGAGCUGCCCAGAAACCUGAGUGACGACAUGAAGGAGGUAGCCUUCUCGGUCAGGAGCACCGCCUGCUCCAGCCCUGGCGAGCCUCUGGUUAGGGACAUAGCCUGCCAGACUAAUGGGUCCCGGACGACAGGGACACAGACCAUCCAGACCAUCAGUGUUGGCCUACAGACGGAAGCCCUGCGGGGCAGCCCACACAAGUGUCUCACACCCAAGGCAGGAGGUGGUGCCACGCCCGCGUCCUCUCCCUCCCGCGGCCUCAGGAACAGGCAGGUAGCCCCUGCCAUUGAGAAGGUGCAGGCCAAAUUUGAACGCACAUGCUGCUCCCCCAAGUACGGGUCUCCCAAGCUGCAGCGGAAGCCCCUCCCCAGAAUGGACCAGUCGAGUAGCAGGGCCUCCCCAGGGCUGGCUCAGAAGGGGUGCGGCGAGUCAGCCUGGGCCCGCUCCACCACCACACGCGAGAGCCCCGUGCACACCGCCAUGAAUGACGGCCUCUCCAGCCUCUUCAGCAUCAUCGAUCACAGCCCCGUGGUGCAGGACCCCUUCCAGAAGGGGGUGCGGACUGCGAGUCGGUCUCGCUCAGCCGAGCCCCGGCCGGAGUUGGGUCCAGGCCAAGACACCAGCCCCAGCUCCCGGGGCCGCUCACCCAGCCCCAUCGGCGGCUCAGAGACAUGCAGGGAGGAGGGGGGAGAGGGCACGCCCUUGAGGCAGGACUUAUCCGCUCCCCCUGGCUACACACUCACCGAGAACGUGGCCCGGAUCCUCCACAGGAAGCUGCUGGAACAUGCCUUAAAGGAGGAGCGGAGGCAGGCUGCCCACAGCCCCACAAACAUCGGCAGCGACAACCACCUGGGAGAAACGGCAGUCAAGGCCGAGCCAGGGUCCAUCGAGGAACUACCUUGUUCCGCACUUGCUCCGUCCCUAGAGCCUUGCUUCUCCAGGCCCGAGAGACCAGCAAACCGUCGCCCUCCGUCCCGCUGGGCCCCACACCCCGCCACUGCCUCACCAGCUCCAUCACCCGGAGAACCCACCUCCUUGGAGGAGCUCGGUGAUGAGGAGCCGCCUGGGGAGAAGCCGCACGUGUGAUGCAGGUCGGCAUGGAUUAUCCGGAAUAAUUCACUGUAAUUUGCAUAAUCACACCUUCAUCAUCAACUGAACUCUGCCCCAAAAGGAGAGAUCUGAUUUUCCCAAGGUCAAAGAAUGUUUUUUUUAAAAAAACAAAAACAAAAACACAGCUGCUGAAUGUUCAACCUGUGAACCUGAGAUGUUUCUAGAAUGAAACAGUAAAUGUGCCUGUAAGAACUUGAUUUUUUUCAUAGCUCAGAAAACUAUUUUUGUCUCCAUCUUUUUUACAAAGUAUAUUAAAAGGUAAAUAUGAUAUAAAUAAAUUAAAAAUGAAAGUUUUAAAGAUGUACAUUGUAAGAGAUUCUGAACACCCUCACGCGCAAUAUUGACUGCCUGUUAAAUCUGCACUGUUAACAUUUUGCUUUGGUUUAUUUCCACGUUGAAUUAGUGUGUUUUAAGUUAAUUUUAUUUUGUCAGUGUUCUUGUUUUUUAAGAAUUUUUGAAAUGCUUCAGCCUGUUGGAGUCAGUGAACUUUUCUUAAUGAAAAACCAUGAAACCAGUAGACAAGGCAUCUCCUCUGUCCUAGAGGGGAGAGAGGGCAGCAUCUGGAAAGGCACAGAGGCCACAGCUGGGCUGCAAGUCCACCUGCUCCUCUUGACCUGCACGUCUCUGGGUGCAUGUCCAUAACCCUGCUGUGGUCUCACCCCCUCCGCCAUGACAUCGUGUGACCCCCUUGUACUGUAGUGUUGGUGUUGUCUUCUUGCACUGACGAUACAACAGCAUUUUAAAAUUACUGUUAGAAGACUAACUGGCAAUACACAGUGUUUACUCCAAAUUUUCUUGUUUAAGGAAAACCACCACAAAAAGUCACAAGCAUACCAAAUGGAAAGAGAGGGUGGUACCUCAGCAUCUGUAUGAGGUGAUGAUGAAGAAAUAAAGUGUUUAUAAAACGG